GGUCGCACCUCAUGAUAACUACCGACUACGGCACGGCAAUCACACGUGACAUGACUCACCACCGAUCAACUGAUUGCCCCAGACCACAAAGCCGAGCUCACCUCCAUGAAAUUUUUCACCAACUCCCAGUAAAUUCUUCAUUAACUUUCAAUAAUUUCUUCACUACUUCUUCAAUAACUUCUUCAUUAAGUAUCAAUUGCCGCUAGCAUGUUAUCAGCUCGUGCCACCAUUCGUCGUGCCUUUUCUACCACCUCUCCAGCUUAUAAGACCUUGAAGAUCGGAUUGAUCCCCGGUGACGGGAUUGGCCGUGAAGUAAUUCCGGCCGGUAAAGCAGUCUUGGAAAACUUACCUGCUAAGUUUGAUUUACAAUUUGAAUUCAUUGACUUACAGGCCGGAUAUGAAUUGUUUCAAAAAACUGGAACUGCUUUACCCGAUGAAACUGUUAAGACUUUAAAAGAAUCCUGUGAUGGUGCCUUAUUCGGAGCUGUAUCAUCUCCUACCGUUAAAGUUGAAGGUUACUCAUCACCAAUUGUUGCCUUAAGAAAGAAGUUGGGAUUAUACGCUAAUGUGCGUCCUGUUAAGUCCGUUGAAGGAAUUGGUAGACCUGUUGAUAUGGUUAUUGUUAGAGAGAAUACUGAAGAUUUAUAUAUCAAAGAGGAAAGAACUUAUAAGACUGAAGAAGGUUAUACUGUUGCUGAAGCCAUUAAAAGAAUUACUGAACCUGCCACCACUAAGAUCUCCACUAUGGCUUAUGAUAUUGCCUUAUCUAGACAAGCUAUCAGAGAUGCUAGUCCUGGUACUAAACAAUUACAUAGUAAGCCAUCAGUAACUGUAACUCAUAAAUCUAAUGUUUUAUCACAAUCUGAUGGGUUAUUUAGAGAGGUAUGUCGUAGAGUAUUCGAUGCUAAUCAUGAACUCUAUGGAAAUAUCGAAUAUAAAGAACAAAUUGUUGAUUCUAUGGUAUAUCGUAUGUUUAGAGAACCAGAAAUCUUUGAUGUAGUUGUGGCUCCUAACUUGUAUGGUGAUAUCUUAAGUGAUGGAGCUGCUGCUUUGGUCGGUUCAUUAGGUCUUGUUCCAUCUGCUAAUGUUGGUGAUAAUUUUGCUAUUGGUGAACCAUGUCAUGGAUCUGCUCCUGAUAUUGCUGGUCAAGGUAUCUCUAAUCCUAUUGCUACUAUUAGAUCUACUGCCUUAAUGUUGGAAUUCAUGGGCUACAAGGAAGCUGCUGCUAAGAUCUAUGAAGCUGUAGAUGCUAAUUUGAAGGAAGAUAAGAUUAAGACUCCUGAUUUAGGAGGUUCUUCUUCAACUCAACAAGUCAUUGAUGAUAUCAUUAGACGUUUCUAAGUAUAUAAUAUUUACUAGCUAAUG